AUGACAACUGAGGAUGUCAUCGAUAGUUAUGCGCAGUCACUCCAGAACAUUUUGCCCGUCAUGGCUCUUCUCGCGACUCUAGUCGCGGGAGCUCCAUCUUCCCCAGCCAAGCGCUCGGAUGCCGAUGCUGCUACUCGAUAUGUUGUGGACAAGCGCUCGGAUGCCGAUGCUGCCACUCGAUACGUUGUGGACAAGCGCUCUGACGCCGAUGCUGCCACUCGAUACGUUGUGGACAAGCGCUCUGACGCUGAUGCUGCCACUCGAUACGCUGUGGACAAGCGCUCGGAUGCCGAUGCUGCCACUCGAUAUGUGGUUGACUAA